AUGUUCCACAACCCUCUACAUAGCUUCACGCCGCUUGAGUCGUCUACAGCACGGCUCGAGUCUGAACCAGAUCCAUCCUCGGAGCACGACGACAUCGCGAGCCAGACCAAGUGCGGUGGCUGCCGACGUCGCAUCUUUCGCAUCCGACAUCAGUGUCUUGAAUGCCCUGACUUUUCGCUCUGUCAGCUCUGCAUCUCCUCUCCCCAACGGCGCUCGGAGCACGGCAUCAGACAUCGGUUCUUCCCUGUCGAGUACCCGUGGGAUGUUGGCACUUUCGAGGCUGUCCGCGCAACAUUGAAUGCACCGCGCUGUCGAGGCUGUGGCUUCAAGAUCUCGUUGGGCUGGCACAAGUGUCUUUCAUGUCCAGACUUUGCCUUGUGCUCAUGGUGCAUGUCGGACCCAGACCUGCGUCUCAGGCACGACCUUGGGCAUCCCUUUUUUCCUUACGCACCACACUCCGGGUCUGGAAUCGCCGAGCACAAAGCUAGGCGUCAGCAGUUUGCCACAUACGCGAAUUUGCCCGCCCCGCCAUACUCCGGCUUGGAAGGUACUAGCUUCGGCUCGGAUGACGAUAGGUCCUCUGACGGCGCUGCUACAGAACACAAAUUGCUUGUGCAGUCAAGAGUCUUCAUUGAGUUAUCGGGAACAUCUGUGUGUUUCUCAUGCGACAAUAUUCCGUGGACACACACCACUCCGCUGGUGGCGAUCCCUUAUUAUUAUUUCGUGGUUCUGCAGCCCACAGAGCUCAGCGAUCUCAGCCGGGAACGUGCCCGGGCCGCUAUCUGGGGCUCGAUACAGAUGGCUGCCUCUGGCAUCGUGCCUACCCACAACCUUUUCCGGUCUGAGUGUUCAGGCCCAGGCGAGAUCUACACUCUCACUCCUCUCACUCCUUCCACCGUCCCUCUCCAGUGCGUACACGUUGGCCAAGGUGCGAUACCCGAUGCACUCGCCGACAUCCCUCGUGGCCUCCUGCCAAUUGACGAUCUGCUCGCGAAACUCAACAGUGUCCUUGGGACGUCGUAUACGCUCGACACCCCUGGUGUCCGUGACUGCUUGGAAUACGCGCUCGGCAGUUUGCACGAUUUCGGGGAGGUCACUGGCCAAGAUGAAGGAGCGUCGUGA